GCCACGGACGACUCGGCUCCGGCAUCGCAGUUUUCGUUGACCAACGCAACAACAAUACCAAGCAAAAUGCCGAACAAGUGCCUCGUGUCCGUGGUCGCCGUCCUCGUGGGAUUCUUCACACUGAUGUCCGGCUGUUCGGCCGGUGUCCUGCCACCGGCCACCCUGACCGUGGCAACCGUCGGCUCGAGCUUCAACUCCCACGCCAUCAACCACGCCAUCGCCGCCCCUUACCUCGCCACUGCCCCCCUGGCUGCCUACUCCGUCGCAUCGCCGGCCGCCUACGCCUACCCCUACGCCGCCUACUACAACCCCUACAAUCCGGCCGCUCCGUACGUUGCCUACCGGCGCUGAUCGCCCCCUCCCCCCCCUUCGCCUCGUGUAAAUAUGUGUCUGUGUUUUUUUAACUGAUAAUGGUUGUACACCUUUUUGUUGCCUUAUUCAAACCGCGCGUGUGUGUGUGUAUAAAGAAAACGGAGCUAUCUGUCCGGCUGUAUACAGCGUGUACACGUCUCACACUCUACACUACCUACUGAUUCUACUUUCUCUGUGAUCUUCUGUUUUAUCCUUUUAUCGUGGUUUACCUCGAUUGUUAUUGCUGCCUCAAGAUUAUAUUAAUAAAUUGUUGCUUGUUUUU